CGUAAACAAACCCAAUACAAAUUCCGCUGCAGACGGCAAUGGUGCUGUACGAUGUUUAUAAGCGUCCACUGGUCGUUGUACAUAAGACCAGUGUAUGUUCAAAGGCUACAUUGUUCUUAAUUCUGUGCAUCUUGUUAACAGUUAUUUCGCCGUUCUUGAUUGUGUAUCGCAGCCAGGGCUUGUGGAUAAAACAUGCAGAAUAUAGAGAACAGGCAGAUGUUCACUUUAAGCACCAAGUCCUCAUUGUAAGUGACACAGCUUCAGGCCCUCUUGUGUGGUCCAACCAGCCCUCAUUCAAUAAUCUCAUGAGAAAGUACUUACGCAUUCCACUAGUAAAGUCAUAUGAAGAGGAUGAAAACCAUGAUGGUGUGAAUGAUAGGCUUGUCUUCAGCUUGAACAUUCCUUUACUGAGCAAUGAGUUGGUAUAUGGCACCACACUGUUGCUGACAUUUGACUACAGACUACAUCACAUGUGUGAGUUGAUAAUGGAGGGUGCAGGACUGUUUCAGCAUGCUAGUGGAGUUCCUGUGUCAGCCCUCUAUGUCACAACUGAUCUAUCCCUGCACCAACGUCAGCCUCUUCCUCCAUCUGGCAUACAUGAUUUAUAUAACACAUCCGUACUGCCGUCAUCUGUCUCAGACACAAGAAGCUGGAGAUUACAGGAAAUUCUCUCUAGUUAUUGGAAAAGAAAUAUUACUACCAAAUAUACCAACACAUACACCAGCUGGCAGACAGGACAGAGUGAUUCAUUUACCAUAAAUCUGGUUGUGCAGUACCCAGAACAAACUGUUUUGUAUAUACCUGGGUUUUGGUAUGUGCUUAAAUGGGCAUGGAUACAAUAUUUUGCUGUCUUAGUGAUCUUGGCAUAUGUUAUCAGUCUAAUUAAAGACUGGGUUUACCAGAACCAGGUUGUGUCAACAUGGGUUCAAUUCCCUUCAAAGAAAGAAAGGUAAAGAAUUCUGCAUAAAAAUAGUAAACUGAAGUUUCUGUUGUGUACAAUUACAAUGCAUUUAUCUAGUCAUAAUCAGUGAUUAAGGUUUUAGAGAGUCAGGUGUUGAUAUUCUUCCAAAGAAGUCAUUUUGCAUAUACUUGAGUAUGUAUUAAUUUUUUGCUUAUAAAUAUUACAUGGUAAUACAGAGUUCAUGAUCUUUAUUAAUAGAACUGUACUGUGCCUACCGUCCAAAGUGUAUAUUAUUGAUUUGGAAAAGCUGUACUUUGAAAUUUACUUAUUAUUUUGUAAGAAAAUCAGAAUGAUUAAAGUGUGGCUGGAAUGUGGACGUCUGUUGGCAUCACUGUUCCAUUAAUGUCUUUCACAUGUGUAGUCAGGUGUAUGACUUGUCUCCAAGUUGUAGUAGUCUCCCAACUUUGACAUAUCAGUAAAACAAGUCAGUUAUGGAUACACUAUCUUUUGAAUGGUAGUACCAUAUCCCUGCUUAACCCAAUUGCAAGAAUAUGGCAAGAAUACAUGCCAUACCCAAUGUAAUACAAGUUUAUUUAUUGUGUUUACACAUAGAUGGCUCUUCAAGUGCUUAGUCACCAAGGAGUCGGUUAUUAGUCCUACAUAUCUCACCUGUU